UCCAUUUGCAGCCGCCCAACGAAGACAAAAUCUAACGAAUGCUCAGCCAUGAACUUGCCCCCCAUGCGCUCAUGACACCUUCGAUCCUACCGACAUAUAUUCUACUGAUUACUUUUCUCUCCGUCCGGUUGCGAACCUAAGAAACCGAAGAAUCUACCAUCGAAAGCGAUCAAACGACACAACCCCUCCAAACUCCCACAACCGACGAGAGAGGAAGAAAGAAAGAAAUAUGGACGCGCGCGCCCUCCUCCAAUCGCAAGGAUGGCGCGGGAGCGGCCACUCCCUCCACGCGACAGACGACCGCAUCGGCCUCGCGAAGCCGCUCCUCCUGAACCGCAAAGACAACACCAAAGGCCUGGGCACGAAAGCGCACUUUACGAGCGACACGUGGUGGAUGAACGCCUUUGACGAGCAGCUACAGGGGCUGGAUACGUCGAAACCGGGACAGGUGACGCAGACGGUGACGGCGGGCCGGCUGAACCAGAUUGAGAAAGUCUCGGGGGGCAAGUGGAUGCUGUAUGCGAGUUUUGUCAAGGGCGGAUUCUUGGAGGGGACGAUUGAGGGGUUGGAGAGGAUGAAGCAGGAGGGGGAGGUGGAGGAGAGGGUGAGGGAGGUUACUGGGGCUGUGGCGCCUCAGAGUUUCAGUACGAGUAUUGCGAACAUGACGAUGGCAACAACAAAGGUGGACGGGAAGAGGAAAGAGGGGGAGACAAAGGAGGAGAGGAGAGCGAGGAAGGCUGCUAAGGCGGCGAGGAAGACGGCGAGGGAAGCGAGGAGGGUUGAUCGGGCUGCGAAGAAGGUGUUGAAGGAUGAGAAGAGGGCGCGGAGAAAGGCAAAGGAGGCGAAGAGGGAAGCGAGGAAAGCGGAGAAGGCGAAGAAGGGGGUGUCUGGCUGA